GUCCUUCGCUCAGUGAUCGGCCAACCGUCGCCCUGGAGAGACACAACACCAAAGUGCGAGCGUCCGUUCGUCGUGCGUGUGGCGAGAAGAACGUGUGCGUUUUUGUUGUUUGUGUAUGUGUUGCGCGCGCGCCCCGUGGAUUAUCUCAAGCACAAGGUUUUCUCCCCGUGACAUGUCCGUCAGACGGUGGUGGAGCGCCAGGUUGAGACGAAUAAUGCCACAUUGACAUCCGGACGCCGCGAUUUCUCUCGCACACUACACACAUGAAUAUAAGACGCGUAAUCACCUCAACUUGUUGUUGUGUUUAGACCAGCCUGUUUCUCUUGUUCGACCCGGCAUCGCUUAUUUAUUUAUAAUUCAUUUCGACCGUGGUCGACGGUGACAUGUGAUCCUUACGACACCGUACGUACCGCGUAGAAUAGUCAUUAGAGAAAAAAAGUGUUUAGAUUAGUGCUGGAUCAUUCCAGAUCCGCGUGGAACCAAACAUUUAGACGGUCGAGCGGUUUGAACAGGAAAGCGCAAACGAAAACUGCCAAAGGAAAAGAAAACGAUUCGAGUUACGUUUAGUGUCUGGAUAACAACGACGCCAAUGUGUUGGCUGGAAUUCUCACGCAGGUGAAUCCCAUCGCGAUAUAUAUAUGUAUCUCAACGUCAAUUUGGCAUCCAAUGCUUCCGGCGGAGGUGGCGGAAACGACUCGUCCGCAACAGCUGCCGGCUCCUGCACCACUCCGCGCACUCCGGAGAUUCUCAAUUUGCUGGCCGGAGCUCCGUUUGACAAUGUCGCAUCUUACGGGGGCGGAGGACGGUACGGAUCUGCUACCAACAUCGGCAACGCUUCCGGCUCUUCGUCGUUCAGUUACUUCCAGUCGUCCUCUUCGACUCCACUGGGAAGCGCAGGAGUCUCAGCGGGACUUCCAGCUUCGACCCCGGGCGAUGGCCCUUCAUCACCGGGCGAACACGCCUCUUCAUCUUUUUCUUCCUUUUCUUCGUUAUGUUCCUCGCCGGCCACUCCGUCUACUCCGCCGGCCGGUGGCCCGCCAUCCAUCCAAAACACUCGAACGUAUUUGAUCAAGGAGGGACUCAAACUGACGAUCCAGAGCAAGCGUUUGGCUUCCGGCCGAGGGUCGCUCGAGUCGGAUCAGCACGGCCACAUGCCACUCAAAGAUGAGAUGGGACAGCUGACAACAGAAGAUGAAGAACGUCGUCGGAGAAGGCGUGAGCGGAACAAAGUAGCCGCUACCAAAUGUCGAAACCGCAAAAAAGAGCGAACUGGCAUUUUGAUGCAGGAAUCGGACGCGCUCGAGGAUCAAAACGUUAACUUUCGUUCAGAAAUCCAAAGGCUGGAGGCGGAAAAGCGCCGUUUGAUGGAUGUGCUGGCCAUGCACUCGCCCACUUGUUUAAAAACAGCCGCCGGAAAUCACCGUCCAACUCCAACCAGUUGUUCUUCCGACUUCAUACAACACGAUCCCGGCACUGGUACCGCUUCACAGGUAGGAACUCGAGGUGGUGAAUCAGUUGUCUCGUUCGAUCAUCAGGUUGUUGUUCCUUCGGAUCAGGCUUACGUCAUGUCGGGCGGCCUAUCCUCUUCCAAUUAUGGACCGAUGUACGACUGUAACAGAUCCAGUUCUGAAUCUGCCGCCAUGGCCGGCAAUCAUCAUCAUCACCAUUCGUCAACUUAUGACGUCACUUCCGAAACGUCUGCCGGUAAUUACAACAACAACAGCGGCGAAGGCCCUCCGUCGUACGUCAACAGUCAAGUAAAUUUGAUCCAGCAGCGGGGCUCUUACGGCGGCGGAGAUAAUAACCUCUCUGGGCAGAAUUACCGGUAAAUAACAUCAUAUAAGACAGGCGCAAACCACCUAUAAAUUUACUACCAAGUGCCAUCCUUUUUUGUAUACUAUUAUCUACUGCCUCUUUUCUGUAUGUUUCUCCUUUUUCGGUGUCAAACGACAACAAAUCGGGACCAACUAAAUGAUUUCAUGACGUACAUGUAUUUAUCCGUUUCAAAUUGUUUGUUCUCCUUCUCAUCGCCCUGCGCAAAGACUAAAAGGUAGAGCUUCGGAAAAAAAUAAGAAAAGAAUUGUUGUUUAAAUGUCAAAUCGUAGUCAUGGCCGCCUUCUUAUCUUCUUUGUGUUAAAGAAAAUGCAAGAAGUCAACGGAAAAAAAAAACUACAUUCAUUCUCCUAUACUACGCCUGUGCCUUAUCCGAGAAUUCACAUAUCCUUGUGUGCAUUUCUUGCGGCUGUUUUUUUUUUUUAAAUAAUGACGUUGUUAACCAUUUUAAACUAUGGCUUCAUGGUCGUGCCCAGUGUAACCUUUUAAAAAGGUAUUUCCCUUCGUUUUUUUUUCUUUCUCCUGUUGUUGCCUUGGGAAUGUUAAAUAUGUCCUCCUCUCUGAAAUUAUCUGCUACCACGGCCAUACUUUCCCCCUAUGUGCAAUAAUAAAAUUGCUUGAGUUUU